UGCCAUGAAGUAAGAAACCGCUAUAAAUGGAGGAUGGAGGAUGGAGAAUGGAGAAUGCAGAAAGAGAAGGAGAAGUGUGUGCAUGCAUUCAAACAAUUAACAGGUAGCAGCGAAAAUGGAGGAUGGAGCUGAAGAACAGCUUUUUCAUGAAGAGAGCUGUCAGGUAGAGAUGACGGUGGAGGAGGUGAUAGAAAGGCACGUGGGCUCGCUGGGAUUAUCCCAGCUCGUGCAGGUGGUGCUGGUGUCGUUGGCCUGGAUGUUUGAUUCACAGAACACUUUGGUAACCAUAUUCACAGACGCACAGCCAUCUGAAUGGAGAUGCAAAGCAGAAGCAUGUAGCGAUGGUGGUGGUGGUGGUGGUGUUUGUGGGCUUUUGCCGGGCACUUGGGAGUGGGUGGCUGGGCAUGGAAGCACCACUAUUGCCGAGUGGGGUCUCAUCUGUAACCACAAGUUUCUCGCUGCCAUACCCACUUCCUUGUUCUUCCUCGGCUCUCUCCUCGGAUCCGGUGUAUCUGGGCGGUUGGCAGACGCAUACUUGGGAAGGAAGAAGACGGUGGUGAUCUCAUGCAUCCUAACCUCUGCAACUGCAUUCCUCACUUCCCUCUCUCCCAACCUCUGCAUCUAUGCACUCCUCCGCUUCGCUAACGGCUUCGCCAGGUCCGGCAUCGGCAUCUGCUGUCUCGUCCUCUCCACCGAAGUAGUUGGCCACAAAUGGCGUGGCCAAGUCGGCCAAUACGGCUUCUUCUUCUUCACCACUGGCUUCCUCUCCCUUCCCUUGAUCGCCUAUCCCUCAAGAAGCUCUUGGAGAAAUGUAUAUAGAAUCAUCUCCCUCUUCCCUGUCUCUUACUCUCUCCUCAUACUCCCCUUCGUGUCAGAAUCGCCACGGUGGUUGCUUGUCAGGGGGAGAGGCCAAGAGGCAGUUGAUGUGUUGAACAAGUUCGCCAGACUCAAUGGGAAGAAGCUGCCCCAGAAUCUGAGACUUGCGAACCCGGGUGGAGUGGAUGAAGGUGAUGCCAUCAAGAGGAAGAAGAGUCUGUGGAGCACAGGGUGGGCAGCUAAAAGAAUGGUAAUGGUGAUGUUAGCUGGUUUUGGGGUUGGGUUUGUUUACUACGGUGUGCAACUCAAUGUUGAAAACCUUAGCUUCAACCUCUACUUGACUGUUGCCAUCAAUGCAAUCAUGGAGAUUCCUGCUGUUCUCAUCGGCUCCGUGCUCUUGAGUUUCACAAACCGCCGUCUUCUUUUCUCCAGCUCCAUUUGCUUAGCUGGAGUUGCAUGCAUUGUGUGCAUCUUCUUCUCCGAAGCAGGAGGGCGUCGGAGGAGAGAAGAAUCCAGGGGGAGUUGGCCCCAAUUGAGCAUUGAAGCCAUUGGGUUCAUGGCUGCUUCCACAGCAUUUGAUGUGCUAUAUAUCUACUGCGUAGAGCUUUUUCCCACCAAUGUGAGGAACUUUGCAGUGUCAAUGCUGCGACAAUCACUGAUGUUAGGAGCUUCGAUUGCGCCACUGCUGGUUGUUGUUGGGCGGUUGAGUCCGGCUCGAUCAUUUCUUAUAUUUGGAAUUCUUUCCAUGGUUAGUGGACUAUUGGGAAUGUCUCUUCCUGAGACCAAGAAUGCACCUCUCUACGAGACUCUGGAGCAGCAAGAAGAAGAGGAGAAACUCACUUGCCUAGCAUCAGAUGAUUCAGGUUUGGAACUUGGCAAGUAGAUCAUUCAAUAAUCAUACAACCAUAUUGUAAAUUACUGGUCAGACAUAACCGUAAAAAAUAAAAAGAAAUUAGAGAUGUUUGGGGGGGAAGACAAAGGUGGCCGGUUGCCAUCAUCUAGAUGACAGCUUAUCAUAGGAUCCACUCUAUUGUAACGCAAUGAAUGCAAUUAGAUCAUUGCUAUCAUUAUACCAUAGAGAUGAUUUCCAUCACAAA